AUGCCUCCUCAGCUCUCUGACGACGAGAUGUCCGACGAUGGGUUCGGAUUUCCCAUCCACCGGAACAGAACCACCCACAGUGGAAGCGCGGAGCUAGAGAAGAACGGCAAAGAAGAGGCGUAUGAAUCCCUCAUGGUGGAGUCGGAAGACGAUGAGGAAGAGGACGAGAUUGGCGAGGACGAGUUCGUACCCCUCAAGUUCAUGCAAGAUCUCGGCCCUAAAACAGCUAUUACGGGCGAAAUCAAAUUCGAAGUCAAGUGGGAAGGUUACGAGAAGAAGAGCGAUCGAACAUGGGAGCCCGAAGAAAACCUUGAGACUGCUUCCAAAAUCCUAAACGAGUACCUUGCGUCGGCCGGCGGAAAAGAGGCAAUAAUGGAGGCAUACGAGGAGAAGAAGGCUGAAUUACGACCGAAAAAGGGACGCAAGAGGGGUCGGGCCAGCUUAGAGGCAAAUAAUGGGACAGUUCCGAAGCGAGGUCGUAAGAGCCAUCCUGAAUCUUCUACCCCCCCACGCAGCGCUGGAGCACAGUUUUCGCCUCCGUCAGGGAGUUGGGAGGACGAGAUUACGAAAAUUGAUGCGUGUGAAGGCCAUGACGGAGAGGUUGUUGUUUACCUGACUUGGAGGGAGGGGCACAAAACCCAGCACCCCCUCGAGCAAGUAUAUAAGCGCUGCCCGCAGAAAAUGUUGCGGUUCUACCAAAGCCAUUUGGUUUUUAAGAAGAGCGACACCGAAAACUACAAGAAUGAUUCCGACGACUAUAAGACGGGCGGAGCACUCUGA